AUGGCCUUGUCGUUCUUUGGCUCUCUUGCCCUACUACCAGUCCUCAGCAAUGCGGCCACUGGUCCCAGUGAGGACUUGAUGUCCUUUGUUUCGCGGCCCGAUAUCAGGGCCCCGAAAUUCGAAGUGGUCAAGCAUAACAGCGAUCUCAUCAGUCCUGGAUACUGGUUCGUUGCGCCGUAUCCAGUCAUGGCGCCGGAGCCGCGCGAGAAGAAAUGGUCGCCAUGUCAGGUUGGACCUCAUAUCUAUGAUGCUGAUGGGUCAUUGAUCUGGUCCGGCGCAUGUCUAUGGGAUAAUCGCAAUGUCUUCGACUUUAAAGCCGUGUACCAUAUCGAUGCGGACCCUCAUCUCACAUUCCUCGUACAGCACGACUUCGAGGAUACCGGGAUCAAGGGACAUGGAAUCGUGCUGGACCAGCACUACCAACAACAGAACCUUACCCCGGUCAUUAACGAUCUGUGGGAAUUCAAUAUUCACGAAUACAACGUCCUCCCCGGCGGAGGAUCGGCGCUCGCCUGCGCAUACCGCAGCGAAGUGCUGGAACUUUCGCAGAUCGGAAUGCCCGGGCAAGAAGGCGUUAUUCUAACGGGAGGCAUUCAGGAGAUGAACGUUGCCACGGGCGAGAUCCUCCACGAAUGGCGCGGCAUUGACCAUGUACCGUUGUCGCAUAACACCAAGGGCAUCCCGGCUGGGCCGCCGGGGGGACCGCUUGGAUGGGAUUAUAUCCAUCUCAACUCGGUCGACAAGAACUCGGACGGCGACUACCUUGUUUCCGCACGAUUCACAGACUCCAUCUACCUCGUCUCGGGCCAGAAUGGCGAUAUCAUCUGGACACUGGGACAGCGUUCGGAUUUUGUCCAGGAUUUCUCCUUCUUCCGCCAACAUGAUGCGCGGUUCAUCUCGCACAAUGACACGCACACGGUCAUAUCCUUCCUCAACAAUGCAUCCGACGAAGACGAGCAGCAGGAGGACGUGUCGUCUGCAAUGUACGUCCUUCUGGACAGGAUUGCGCGUCCGAUGACUGCAACCCUGAUCGCACGGUAUUACCGUCCCGACAACUCCCUCACGCGGCUCCGCGGCAAUGUCCAGACCCUACCUGACGGGAAUAUCUUCGUUGGCUGGAGCCAGCAGGGCUAUCACAGCGAAUUCACGCCCAAUGGCACUCUCACAAUGGAAGCGCGAUUUGUCUCGGAUCGCUUCUCAAGUUACCGUUCAUACAAGUACCCCUUCGUUGGCAGGCCCCCCACACCACCAGAUCUCAAAUCGUUCGUCUACGGCACAGACAUCGAUAACACGAACACGAUCAUCUACAUCAGCUGGAACGGAGCAACAGAGGUGGCCGCGUACCGGUUCUUCGCGAAAAGCGACGAAACAAGAGCAUCCGUCUCGAUCGGCACCGUGAAGAAGACCGGAUUUGAAACCGUGUUCGUCGCAGAGGGAUACAUGGACUGGGUCUCCGCGGAGGCUCUAGAUGUACAGGGUAAUAUCCUCGGUAAAACCGGUGUGGAGCGCAGUGUUCUACCGGAGCAAUGGCUUGCAACGGGCUUCAAGGCUGCGCAACUCACGCCUGAUGACCCCGUGCACGUCCAUGAUGAAACCGCGGACACUCACAGAAACCGUACCAUCACCUACGCCUUUACCAAGGAGUGGUACUCGCCUGACUGGUCGCUGCGUGUCCUGGCGCUCGUCGGCAGCCUGACGGUUGUGAUUUUCUUUGCUGGUCUCGUCGCUGCUUGUGUGCUGUUUAUUAAGCGGGUGAUCGGUGUUCGUCAUUUAAGACAGUAUAAGAAGGUUCCUAGGGGUGAGGUCGAUGGGGAUACUGAGAUGGAUAGAAUGGUCCCAUUUAGUAGCGAUCGCACCCGUUUCAUAUGA